AAAGGAGUGUGCCACCACUGUCUGGCACUAAAUCUUUAAAAAAAGAAAGAAAAAGAAAAGGAAGGAAGGAAGAAAAGAUUGAAACAUGGAUACAGAAUAAAUUCAAAUGUCAGCCUGGGCAACUUAGUAAAACUCUGUUCAAAAUAAAACAUGAAGAGGGCUAUGGAUAUAGCUCAGUGGUAGAACAUUUACCCAGCAUGUAAAAGAACUUAGGUUCUCAGUACUACAAAAAGGGGGGUUAAAAAAAAAAGAAGUCUGUUCACACUGGAGAGAUGACUCAGUAGUUAAGCUUGUACUGUUCUUUUGGGGUGUUUUUGUUUUUGAGAUAAGGUCUCUAUUACGUAGUCCUAGCUGUCCUGAAACUUACUAUGUAAAUUAGGCAGAGUUGGCCUGCUUCUGGCGCCUAAGAGCUGGGAUUAAAGGAGUAUACUACCAUGCAUAGUGGUAAAAGCAAGUGUUCUUACAGAGGACUUCAGUUCCUAGCACUCAUGUUGGUGGUUCACAACUGCCUAUAACUCUAGCUCUUCUGACCUCCUUGAGUAUUAUGCUUACCAUAUACAUAUGCCCCCCCAAAAGAAAAAUAUAAUUAAAAGUAAAAUCUUUAAAGAAUGCCUGUGUGAAUGUAUGUGUAUUUCUGUGUGCCUUCAUAGGUAUAUGUUGGGUGUCUGCACCUCCCUUCACAUGCCUCAGUGGCCCCAAGCACUUCCUAACUUGUUAUGGGACUGCACCUGUGUCACAUAUACAGGAAUACAAUUAUAAAGCAUGCUCACAUAUCUUCCUGCCUCUCCGCCUACUCUUCUCGCCCCUCCCCCCAUAGCUCUUAUAGCCACAUCCUGCAAGGAAAAACCCAGACUCCUGUGAAGGCAGAGCCCAGACAAGGAUGUAUGUGUGGGUUCAGCAGCCCACAGCACUUCUGCUCCUGGGGCUCACAUUUGGAGUUGCAGCCAGGCUCAACUGUGUUGAAGAUACCUACCCCAGUGGUCACAGGUGCUGUCAUGAGUGCCAGCCAGGCAAUGGUAUGGUGAGCCGCUGUGAUGGCACCAGGGACACUGUAUGCCACCCAUGUGAACCUGGCUUCUACAAUGAGGCAAUCAAUUAUGAAAACUGCAAGCAGUGUACACAGUGCAACCAACGAAGUGGGAGUGAACUCAAGCAGAAUUGCACACCUACUCAGGAUACUGUCUGCCAGUGCAGGCCAGGCACCCAACCUCGACAAGACAGCAGCCACAAGCCUGGAGUUGACUGUGUUCCCUGCCCUCCUGGCCACUUUUCUCCAGGCAACAACCAGGCCUGCAAGCCCUGGACCAAUUGUACCCUAUCUGGGAAGCAGACCCGGCACCCAGCCAGUACCAGCUUGGACACAGUCUGUGAGGACAGAAGCAUCCCAGCCACACCACUCUGGGAGACCCAGAGCCCUACAUCAAGGCCAACCACUGUCCAGCCCACCACAGUCUGGCCCAGGACUUCUCAGUUGCCCUCUACACCCACCUUGGUGGCUCCUCGGGGCCCUGCAUUUGCUGGUUUCUUGGGCCUAGGCCUGGGCCUGCUGGCUCCCUUGACUGUUCUGCUGGCCUUGUACCUACUCCGAAAGGCUUGGAGGUUGCCUGAUACUCCCAAACCCUACUGGGAAAACAGCUUCAGGAUCCCUAUCCAGGAGGAACAGACUGACACACACUUUACUCUGGCCAAGAUCUGAACAGUACCUCAGGAGUGGGUUUUAUGGAGCAUGGGCAACCCAUAUCCUGGUGCCUGCCAGUACCCUCCACACCGUUCUAGGUGCUGGGCUGGCUCUGGGCUCUCCUAUGUAUGCUAUGCAUACUACCUGCCUGGUGGUACCACCAAUAAACAUGCUAGCAACUGUGA